CCUCCCCGAGGAUUCACACAAAGCAGCACAGCGCAACGCAGAGAAACACAGCAACACAGAGCAACACAGAAAAACACAGAUCUACUGCACACAGCUGUGGACGCGCACGGACACGCAGGACUAUGGUGGACCAGCUGACCUUCGCCAGGGAGAACCGGGAGCGGAUCCAGGCCGUGGAGACGUCCUUCGGUCCGUCAGGGAAGGUUCUGUCCCGGCCGGACCGGGUCCUGGUGGGGGAAGGUCGGCUGUUGAAGCAGAGCCGCAGGGGUCCGCAGCCCAAAGUGUUCUUCCUGUUCAACGACCUGUUGGUUUACGGCAGCAUCAUCCUGAACGGACGGUGGCACAAGAAGCAGCAGGUCAUCCCACUAGAGGACAUCCAGCUGGAGGACCUGGAGGACGGUGCUACCAUGAGGAACCAGUGGCUGAUCCGAACUCCACGGAAGUCCUUCUACGUCUCCGCUGCCUCCUAUGAGGAGAAGAAGGCGUGGAUGGAGCACAUGGAGGAGUGUCGCUCCAGACUCCUGCAGAGCGGCGGACGCAGACCCAGCUCCGCCUUCGCCGUCACCUGGAUCCCGGACCAGGCCUCGGACUGUUGCAUGCGCUGCCACAGCAGGUUCAGCGUCACCCUACGACGUCAUCACUGCAGGAAAUGCGGCUUCGUGGUCUGUAACACAUGUUCGAAGAAGCGGGCGGUGCUCCAACACAUCCACCCCACCAAAGGGGUGAGGGUGUGCAAAGUGUGUCACUCAGGUCUGAAGAUGGAGGAGGAGGAGGGAGAUGGGGGGGAGACCCGAGUCAGGGGGGACAGCACCGGGAAGAUGGGCUCAGAUGAAGACGACCUGGACACGUCCAGUGUAGAGGAGGAGCUAGAGGAGGAGGAGGAGCACCACCCCAGCAGGUGGAUGGACUCCUUCUCCCCUUACGUUUACCUUAAACCAGAGCAUCUGAGGCCUUAGACCUGGACUGUGGACCCCCUCCUCUGGGCCCCCUCCUGUGGACCCUCUCCUCUGGGCCCCCUCCUGUGGACCCUCUCCUCUGGGCCCCGUCCUCUGGACCCACGGAGCAAAGACAGACAUGGACCUGAUGGAAGAGUCCAGUAGUGGACACACUGUGUUUACUGAUCCUGUGGGACUGAGGUGGGACGUAUUCAGAUACUCAGAGACACUGAGUCCGUUUACAUCCACACCAGUACUCUCAUCAGUAUGUGAUGUCUGGAGUAAUCAGAUUACUAUAGAUCUUAUAAACAGGAUAAUCUGAUCAGAUUUAUCCAAUAACAGCAGUAAUCUGAUUAGGAUAAAUCAGAUUAACACACCUAGAUUUAUCCCCAAUACUCUGAUGU